AUGACCGAAAAUGUGCUCAAUGAUAUCUCCCACCGGAGGUAUAAUCCACUCCGGGGUUCUUCCAUCUUAGUCUCCCCCCAUAGAACUAAGCGUCCUUGGCAAGGACAACAAGAGAGCCCUUCUAAGACAACUUUGCCCACCUAUGACCCUGCUUGCUAUCUGUGCCCAGGCAACAAACGUGCGCAGGGAGAUGCAAACCCUAAGUACGAAAAGACUUUCGUUUUCGUCAACGAUUACAGCGCCGUCAAGGAGGAGCAAGCACCAUAUAGUCCGGACAAUGCAGAUAGUCUAGAAUCUUUCUUCCUUAAGGCAGAGCCUGUUACUGGCAAAUGCUACGUGCUCACCUUUUCCGCAGCCCAUAACCUCACACUGGCAGAUCUGUCUCCGGCUGAAAUUACUCCCGUCAUCGACGCCUGGACCAAGCUGUACAGCUCGCAUCUGUCGCCGAAGUCACCAUUGGCUGCUCUCGCCCCUGCGACCACCCUCCCUCCGAACUCCUCAACCGCUGAUCUGGCCAAGCCCAAAGAACAAUAUCGGUAUAUGCAGAUCUUUGAGAACAAGGGCGCAGCCAUGGGAUGCUCGAACCCUCAUCCCCAUGGGCAGGUCUGGACCACCAGUUCGCUACCCGAGGAACCAGCGAUGGAGUUGGAACAGCUCAAGAAAUACCGCAAAGAGCACGGGGGCAAGCAUAUGUUGGAGGAUUACGCGGCUCUUGAAAGCCAAAAGAAGGAACGUGUGGUGUUCGAGAACGGAGCAUUCCUAGUUGUCUGCCCCUGGUGGGGUGUCUGGCCGUUCGAGACGAUGAUUGUCAGCAAGCAACAUAAGCGCGCGCUUGUUGACCUGAACGCUAACGAGAAGACACAAUUGGCUGAGGCCAUCGCAGAGGUCACCAGGCGGUAUGACAACUUGUUCGAGACACAUUUCCCAUACAGUAUGGGUAUCCAUCAAGCUCCACUCGACGGGACUGAAGAGGAGAUUGAGUCUUCGUAUCUGCACUUGCACUUUUACCCUCCUUUGCUGCGUAGUGCAACUGUGCGGAAGUUUUUGGUUGGUUAUGAAAUGAUGGGCGAGCCCCAACGAGACAUCACCCCGGAGCAAGCGGCGGCAAGAUUAAGAAAUUGCGGAGGAGAGCUGUAUAGGAAGAAGCUCGAUAGCUAAGAGAUGUCACGGAUUGGGUAGGGUAGAACGAUUUCGUAUCUUGAAUGAGUAACAAUGCACAGCAACACCUUUUGUCAGCCGUGGGUAUCCAUGAUUUUUCGCCUCCAUAACAC